CGACCUUUUAUUUCGACCGGAGCGAUGAUUUUACUGAUAGAUCAUGAUCUCAUCGACGUACUCAACAUUGAGGGAAAGUAGGUCCGGAUUGGGCAAGACGCCAGCUCUCGCACAUGUUUACAUUUGCGCAGAAUUUCAACUAUCUUUUCUUACAAGAUUACCAAGAUGGCAACCAAAAGAAAGGCAGAUGAUGUGGACACUUUUGAAAAAAAAGUCUUCAUCUUCAACACGAGUCCAUUGAAGCGUAGCUCAAGAACAAACAGAGACUAUUUCAAUGCCGUUUGUCAGACUGACAAAGACGAGUAUAUAGAUACUGUUUGUUUUAAAACAAACCUACACCAACAAUUCCGCAAAGCUGAGCUUGAAAGAACUCCAGUCAAAUUGGAAAAUGUCAACUAUGCAACCAGUUACAACAAGCCGAAUACGAAGAACUUGAAACUUACCUACCUUUCAUCAAUGAGUCCAAGUAAACAACAAAUUUCCUUUCGCCCAAAACCACCAAAAGAAGAAGAGACUCAAACAAUCAAACUAGGAGAACUGGAAAAGAUCAAUAACUUUCAAAAGGUAAACACAGUCGCCAAAAUCAUGGAUAUAAAAGAAGAUACGAUCACAAAAGAUGUCUGGGGGAAAAGUCUAGAUAUGAAAGUCCUCAUAAUUGCAGACGAAACAGGCUGUACACACCUAACCGUGUGGGGUUCCCUAAUACCCAAGAUAAAGCUAACAGAAACAUACACCUUGAAGGACCUCGGCAUUAGAGAAUAUACCGCAGGCUUAAAAACUCUAACAACAUCACCAUCUACAACAGUAGAAACUUAUCACGAAGUGCUUGACACUGUCACCAUCGCAGACAACCUCCUUCCAAAUGAGCAAAAAACCACCAUUAUAAAUGGCAAAAUAGAACAAAUUCAAAUUGUUAUGAAAAAAACUUGCAGAAAUGCAAGACUGUGGCACCAAACAAGACCGACAAAACUUACAAAUGCCCGUCUUGUAAUAUGCGACAACGAAGUUCCGCACUACUGCAGAACAUAAAGGCAAAACUGGAUAUCGCAACAGAGAAUAACAAUAUCCUCAAAUUAUCAGCAAAAGACCAACUCCUAAUAAAUUACCUAGCUGAACAGGAUUUCAAAAUAACCGAAACAGUUUCGAGUGACGACAUUGAAGAAUUUCUUCUCAAUAUAGACACCAUAUCAUUCCUUGAAUAUGAUGCAAACAACCUGGUCACGAGUAUGUCCUAAGCUGUUCAUACAAACAUGUAUGUACUUGCCAACCAUUCUCAUAACAACUUAUCACUUUUGUUAGUAUACUGUUCCAUUCAUCAUUUGAAUUGAACAUGUACACUCAUAGUCAAAAGUUUAUGGACACCGCUUCUUGCACAUUUCUACAGUCAACGAAGAAAAUUCCUCACAAGUGUUCUACUGGAUUACCUCUUUCUGAAACAAUGUCCACAACAAUUGUCCAUAAACUUUUGACCAUGAGUGUACAUAUCCAUUACUACUACUACUGUAUAUCUCAUAACAAUCAGUCCUUAUAUCUUGUUCUUUGUCUUGUUAAUCACUACUGCAGAACAUUUAAGCAAAACUGUGUACUUAUUAACCAUUCUCUUAGUAGCUUACCACUUUUCUUAGUAUAAUGUUCCAUCCAUCAUUUCAAUUAAACAUGUACAUUCAUAGUCAAAAGUUUAUGAACACCAGUUUUUGCACAUUUCUAAUAUCAUUCAACCAAGAAAAUUCCCCACAAGUGCUGACAACUCAUGUUCAAGUGGAUUAUCUGUUUCUGAAACAAUGUCCAAAACAGGUGUCCAUAAACUUUUGACCAUGAGUGUACAUAUCCUAUUACUACUACUGCUGUAUAUAUCAUAACAAUCAGUACUUUUAUCUUGUUCUUUGUCCUGUUCAUCACUACUGCAGAACAUUAAAGCAAAACCGUGUACUUAUCGACAAUUCUCUUAGUAGCUUACCACUUUUUUUAGUAUAAUGUUCCAUUCAUCUUUUUAAAUUAAACAUGUACAUUCAUAGUCAAAAGUUUAUGGACACCAGUUCUUGCACAUUUCUGAUAUCAUUCAACCAAGAAUAUUCCCCAUAGGUGCUGACAACUCGUGUUCAAGUAAAUUACCUGGUUCUGAAACAAUGUCCACACAGGUGUCCAUAAACUUUUGACCAUGAGUGUACAUAUCCUAUUACUACUACUACUGUAUAUAUCAUAACAAUCAGUACUUUUAUUUUGUUCUUUGUCCUGUUCAUCACUACUGCAGAACAUAAAGCAAAACCGUGUACUUAUCAACCAUUCUCUUAGUAGCUUACCACUUUUUUAGUAUAAUGUUCCAUUCAUCUUUUUAAAUUAAACAUGUACAUUCAUAGUCAAAAGUUUAAGGACACCAGUUUUUGCACAUUUCUGAUAUCAUUCAACCAAGAAAAUUCCCCACAAGUGCUGACAACUCGUCUUCAAGUAAAUUACCUGGUUCUGAAACAAUGUCCACACAGGUGUCCAUAAACUUUUCACCAUUAGUGUACAUAUCCUAUUGCUGCUACAUAACUACACUAUAUAUCAUGACAAUCAGUACUUUUAACUUGUUCUUUGUCUUGUUGCAUAAGUUCAGCUUGCGCUCUUUUAUUUAUAUUUUUAUUUUCAUGUUUCAUUUAUAUUUGUAUUUUUAUGUUAAUCAACAACUUGUCACCAUUUCUGUAAUUGGGGAUACUAAUACUAGUAGUACACCACAUUUGAUUUCAAUCAUCUGUAUAUAAUCUAAAUCACCUGCAGGUCAGGAAAUCAUUUCACCAAUAAAGUUACUUUCUAAAACUUGCUUAUCUUCAUUUCCUUGGAACAUCACUUUAAGGAAGACU